AUGGCAACCACACAACACCAAAUCUCCCACCCCGCUCAAGUCGAACCCAAGGGCUCAAAAUUCAAGAGCUUCUUCACCGGCGGAAACAAGAAGAAACAGAUUGUCCUCUCGGCCCGUGAUGCUGAGAUUUUGGCACAGGUCAAGAAGAGGGCCAAGGUCCUUGAUACCGCCAUUAACUUGGGAUUUGCGAAGAUUGGAUUGGAUCCCAUCCUUGGUCUGAUCCCCGUUGCAGGAGAUGGCAUCACCUUGAUGAUUGCCAUGCGCUUGAUUCACACUGCCCAAAAGGCAGAUAUCCCCAAGUCGCUCUCUCACCAGAUGUACUUCAAUGUGCUCAUUGACUUUGGCAUGGGUCUGGUUCCAGUGGUAGGAGAUUUCGCAGAUUUCCUGUUCAAGGCGAACCGGAGGAACGCCAAGCUGUUCGAGGAUUACUUGUACGAGCGUGCAGCUGAACAGGCCGCCGAGGCCGAACUUCAAGCAGCAGCCAACCUCCGCCACCAACAGUUACAUCAACAAGCUCUCGCCAACUUUAACGGAGUGAAUGGAGGACCAUCGGCCCAUCAGCAACAACAGCAGCAACAGCAGCCUGCAAAGAAGGGCUGGUUCUCGCGUGGUGGCGGCAAGGAUACUGUUAUUGAGAUGGGUUCUCCUGCCGGCCACGUCGUCAAGUAG